CCAUCUAUAAUUUUACUACACGGUCUCUGGCUUCUCAUCGCUCUGUGCUGGUCUCUUAUCGUGUUAGCUGUGACUUUAUCACCGAAUAAAUGGCGAAUUUAGCAAUUGCUGCGGCAGCUGCAGCUGCUAGAGAUCCUGCUGUGGACCGCUCGUUACGUUCGGUGUUCGUGGGAAACAUCCCAUAUGAGGCCACAGAGGAGCAGCUGAAAGACAUCUUCUCAGAGGUUGGACUUGUCGUUAGUUUUAGGUUGGUGUAUGACAGAGAAACAGGAAAGCCAAAGGGAUAUGGCUUUUGUGAGUACCAGGAUCAGGAGACUGCGCUCAGUGCCAUGCGCAACCUGAAUGGCCGAGAGUUCAGCGGCAGAGCCCUCCGGGUCGACAACGCUGCUAGUGAGAAGAAUAAAGAGGAGCUAAAAAGUCUGGGCACUGGCGCUCCCAUUAUUGAGUCCCCUUAUGGAGACGGCUGCACACCCGAAGAAGCUCCAGAGUCCAUCAGCAGGGCAGUAGCCAGCCUGCCUCCUGAACAGAUGUUUGAGCUAAUGAAACAGAUGAAACUGUGUGUGCAGAAUAGUCCCCAGGAGGCCAGGAACAUGCUCCUGCAGAACCCUCAGCUCGCUUAUGCCCUGCUGCAGGCUCAGGUGGUCAUGAGGAUUGUGGACCCUGAAAUCGCUCUGAAAAUGCUCCACCGUCCAGCUGUGGUUCAGCCCAUAAACCCAAGUCCUCAGCCUGGAGCGGUACCUGUACCUAACCAGCCCCUCCCUCAGCCCAAUGUACCUGUCUCUCAGCCUCAACCAAUGCCAGGUAUGCAUGUGAACGGAGCCCCUCAGAUGAUGCAGCCUCCACAGAUGGGGGGUGGGGUACCCGGACCAAUGCCAGGACAGGGACCCAUGGGACCAGCUGGAGGGAUGCAGCCUGCGAUAGGGAUCCCUCCAGGAGGCCCUGUACCCAUGGAUAGAGGACCAGGAAACCUUCAGGACUCUCCUGUGGGAGCAGCUGGGCUGGCUGCUAUCGAGCGGCCUCAAGUGCCGAUAGUAGACCCACGUGCCUCAAUGCGAGGGGCCCCUCAAGGCCCUCCAGGGAUCCCACCCAGAGGCCUUCUUGGCGAUGGUCCGAACGACCCGCGAGGUGGAUCAUUGGUCAAUGUCACUGGAGAAAUGGUGGAGCCAGGGCAUGGUUACAUUGGAGGCCCUCCACAACAUCAGGGGCCGCCCAUGCAUAUGGCUCCCCCAGACAUGCGUGGCCCUCAUGACAUGAGAGGAGGACCCAUGAUGGGAGAACCUAGAGGUCCUAUGAUGGAGCAGCGGGGUCCACCCAUGGAGGCAAGAGGUCGUGAUCCAAGGGCUGUUGAUGCUCGGGGUCCGAUAUCUGGCCAGAGGGUUCCUGUAGCUGGUGGAAUGCAGGGUCCUCCCCCCCAUGGCAUGGGACAAAGUGCACCUCCAUCAGCAAGACCAGGUCCUACAUCAGAUGUGUCAUCACAAGACCAUGAGAAAGCUGCCUUGAUUAUGCAGGUCCUGCAGCUGACCCCAGAACAGAUCGCCAUGCUGCCACCAGAACAGAGACAGAGUAUCCUGAUACUGAAGGAGCAGAUUCAGAAGACGGCAGGCGCACCCUGAAGACUCAUCUUGUGACGCAAGGAACAUACGCAUCCGAUCAGACAACCAUACCUAGCUACACUUGUAUUGGUCUGCAGGACAUCCACAUCUGUAACUUUGUUGUUGUUGUUUUUUUUUUUAUAGUGGCAUUUUCUUUUGAGAUCAGUUAUAUAUGAAUAAUAGUAGUUCACAAUUUACUUCUCAUGAAAAAAAUAAACAACUGUGUUUUGAAAUAAA